AUGGUCUCUAUGUGAAAAUUGAUACUUUUUGUUUCUCUAUUAUUCCAUUUCUUUUUGGCUCUAAUUUUCAAUUAUUUUAAAUAAUUAAUUAAUUAACUUUAAUUGUGAACUGACAAUGUUGGGGACUGAAUUUCUGCUUUACAAGCAACGAGCAGAGCAACCAAUGGAUAAAGCUUAUGCCUUACGCUGUGGACGGGCUAUUUGUUGGUUAUGCCAUUCUGAAUGGGCUUCUGUUGGAUGUAAUCACUGUUUUCGAUACUUUCACCAUAAAUGUGCGGCAUCGGAUUACAGAGUGGGUCGUCAACUUACCUUUUAUAAAGACAGUGCAGGAGUUACUUUAUUUACAACUCAAUGUAAUGAGUGUGUAAUUGCUGCUGUAACUCAUGAACGCUGGGACAAAGGUUUGGAUUUCAAGAAGAUGCCACAAAAAAAUGUACAUCGACUGAUUGAGUCUAUUUGGCAAAGGAUUGUUUGGACUAUCACUCCAACUAUUAGUGCAACUGUAGCUGAAUUACCCCAAACUUGGGUAAAUUGUCCAGUUAAUUUUGAUAUCAUUGAUUGCAAAGUUAAAAAUGGAUUGUAUCAAUAUCCAUAUCAAUUGCUUAAUGAUCUAUCUUUGAUCAACCACAGCUUAAGGAUCGCUCACCGGGAUUACAACUUCUCUCAGUAUUUGAUCAACUUUAUGGCCAAUAUUUACAGUUUGUUCAACCGCUGUGAGGCUUGUCCAUAUUGUUUGGAAAGUUCAUUUUCUGAUAGACCAAACUGGAUCACUGAAACUUGUCCAUGGGGCCAUCCUUUAAUUUUUGUCAAUCUCAGAGAUCAAUCAUGGCCUGGUAAACUGCUUCGUUACCAUCAUCAAUCCAAACUUGUUGAUGUUCUCAUAUUUGGAUCUCAUGAAUGGUAUCAAGUUCACGCUUCUGAUUGUCACCAUUUUGUUACCACUGAUUAUGCUAUUCCAUACGUAUCGCCAUCCUCAAAGAAGGCUAUUUUAGAGUCUCUUAGAUACCUAAGAAACAUUGUUUACUGUUUUCCAACCAAAAUUACACUCAAUUGUGGAACAUUGUACCCUGACAUUGCAGAUUUCCUCGUAAUCUCCCGAGAACAGCCCAACGGAUCCAAAAAUUCAACUAAUCACGACAAGUGGAUCUCAGAAAGGGUUGCAAGUACCGUUCAUUUCAUCAAUACAAUGCUCACCCAUGUUGAACAAGCUCAAUAUACUCAAGACAAGUAUUCAAAGGCUGCUAUGGACGCUAAAUAUUUACUGACAAUUGUUGAUGAAGAUUCUGAUUCAAACGAUCGUGGAGAUAAUGAAAUAAUCGUUGAAAAUUAAUCCAAAGAUUAAUAUAACUCUUAAUUUCUUAAUUUUUUAAUCCUUUCAUCAUCCCUGACCCUAUUUUCAUGAGCCUACACGAGCCUAGACAUCAGGUGAUCAUUGAUUCAAGAAAAGGAAAAAGAAAAGAAUUGAAGAUCUUCCAUGUUGAGUGAUUUUAAGUUAACAACCUGUUAACUUUCAAUGAUUAAACUAAUCAAUAUUCUCGUCUCA